AGGAUGGUUGUCACCUUUGAUACUAGUUUGGGUAUCUUUGAAGUACAUAGUCAACCCAUCAUGUCACACGAGGGUUUCUCCCGUUGGAUCACAGACACUUUGAACGUUCAGGGCAUCUGUCUCAUCUGCCUAGCCUCCUUGCUCUGCUACUACGCCUACCGGGGCUUACGCUCCAAUUCACGGUCCAUAGCUCGACCUCUGCCCGGUCCGCGGUCUUGGCCGGUCAUCGGCAGCAUCCCCUCCAUCAUGUGGUACUCAAAACACCACGGCCACCGGGCUUUCACGGAGAUGGCGAAGCGGUACGGCCCGGUCUUUGGGGUGAUGCUCGGACCGGCGCAAUACAUGGUGAUUCUAAACGACAAGAGAACAAUCAGAGAGGCAUUCGUGACGCAGUCUGCGAAGAUGACGGAUAGACCUAUUCCGGGUCUCGUCAAAAUUUCCUUUCCAGUGCAAGGUAGUCUCGGAUGGGAGAGCGGGAAAAUAUGGUCGGCCCGUCGUCGUUUCAUCCUCCGAGCAUUUCGAACUCUCGGCUUCAGUAAAAGCGGCAUCCUAGGCCAGCGAAUACACGAAGAAGCCAAGGCGCUCUGUGCAAGCUUCGAUGAGUACGGAGGUCUUCCCUUCAACCCGAAGCGUCUUCUCGAGUACGCCGCGUCAAACCUCUUCUGCUCCAUCGCCUUGGGAGACCGCUACGAGUACAAGGACCCGGUCUUCUGUUCUCUCGUCAACAACUCGAGGGUUGUCCUGGACAACUUAUCGGCGGUGUCCAUCGGCAACUUCUUCCCAUUUCUCUACCACUCGCCGGUCUGUCGAGAGUACAGGGAGGCUGCGAACUACCUGACUGAGUUCAUCCGAGGAUUGGUCGACCAUCAUAAAGAGAACUUCAACGGGAAUGAGAUGAGAGAUGUUGUAGACCUCUAUCUGGAGGAGGUUCGCAGGACGCAGGAUAAGAGGGAAGAUGGGGUUAAGUUUCACGAGGAAGAUGUCUGGAGGAGCAUGAUUGACCUUCUUAUCGGCGGGUCGUUUUCUGUCUCUAGCCACGUCAUGUGGACGCUACUCUUUACGACUCAGUAUCCAGAGGUACAGGAAAGGAUUCACAAAGAAAUCGACAGUGCUGUUGGUGACAGGGCGCCCUCUCUCGACGAUCGCGACUCACUCCCUUUCACCCGAGCGACACUUCUCGAAGUGAUGCGCUGUCGGGUCGGAACUUUAAGCAUUCCGCACCUCGCCAAUGAUGACGCCGUCGUAGGCGGGUGCUUCAUCCAGAAAGGGUCGCACGUAAUGGCGAACCUCUGGGCUCUACACCACGAUCCUCUGGUAUGGGAAGAGCCGGAGAAAUUCAACCCUUGCCGUUUUUUAUCCGGAGAUGAAUCGGCGAUCGUGUUGCCUGAUUACUUCAUGCCUUUUGGCGCUGGUCCACGCACAUGCCCCGGUGCGCAGCUAGCUAAGCACCAAGUAUUUCUUUUGUUUGCGUCCAUCAUGCAGAAAUAUAAACUGGUAAUACCAGAGAGCGAGCCGACCCCGGAUAUGGAGGGAAAAGCAUGUGGUCCUGCUCUGCAACCGGUAGAUUUCAGGUUGUGUACAAUCAAAAGAUAAUGAAGAAAAGCUACAAAGGUUUUGUUAAAGACACUGGACACUAUUGGUAGUUGUCAAAGACCAGUCUUCUUAC